GUCAUCAGAGCCCUCCACUUCCUGCCGUGAACAGCUCAGUUCAGGAAGAAGAAACAAUGGCGACGCUUCUGGGCUCCGAGUCCCCCUGUACCGGAGGAAAACGGAGACAUUGCAACGGCAGUAUCGUCACGAAGUUCACGGCUAGUAAAAUAACUGGUCAGGGUUUCAGUCGAGGGACGGAGCUCCCAGGAGGCCUGCUCCAGGAGAGAGAUAAACGGGCCAAGUGGCAUGGCAUCCCUACUCUGCUGCAGAGGCUCUACGAGAGCAGCCAUCCAAACAGUGACCUCUCCAACGCUCACAGCUUUCUUAAGGUAUUAUCAUCCCAGCUCUCCAUGGAGGCCAUGUCUUUUGUCACGGAGGACAGAAAGACCGCUCAGGAAUCCACCUUCCCCAACACGUACACCUUUGACCUCUUCGGUGGAGUUGAUCUGCUUGUGGAGAUCUUGAUGAGACCCACAUUAACUAUGCAGAAGAAGAAAAACAAUCUGAAUGAUGACUUGGUCAAGGACUGCCUUAGUGUUCUCUACAACUGUUGUAUAUGUACGGAGGGGGUCACGAAAAGCCUGGCAGCGAGGGACGACUUUGUGCUGUUUCUUUUCACCCUGAUGACCAACAAGAAGACCUUCCUGCAGACGGCUACCCUAAUCGAAGAUAUUCUCGGAGUUAAAAAGGAGAUGAUCCAGUUAGAGGGCAUCCCCAAUCUGUCGGGCCUGGUCCAGAGCUUUGACCAACAGCAGCUCGCUAACUUCUGCCGCAUCCUCUCCGUCACCAUCUCUGAGCCGGAUGUCGGAAACGACGACAAGCACACCCUUUUAGCCAAAAAUGCACAGCAGAAACGCAACGCCAGCCCAUCGCUGGCAGAGGUCAACCAGGUAACCCUGCUGAACAUCCCUGGCUUCAUUGAGCGGUUGUGUAAGCUGGCCACUAGAAAGGUGUCUGAGGCCACAGGGGCGAACUUCCUGCAGGAGCUGGAGGACUGGUACACAUGGCUGGACAACGCUCUGGUGCUGGACGCCCUCAUGCAGAUGGCGACCGAGGAGGCCGAACAAAGCAGUACAGAGUCGUCCGAUGAGAGCUCCCUGGCCACUAGCCCUCUGAGACACCGACUGCCCCAGUCCAUGAAGAUCGUCCAUGAGAUCAUGUAUAAGGUGGAGGUGCUCUAUGUGCUGUGUGUCCUUCUUAUGGGCCGACAGAGGAACCAGGUCCACAAGAUGCUGGCUGAGUUCCGUCUCAUCCCGGGACUCAACAACCUGUUUGACAAGCUGAUCUGGAGGAAAUACACUGCCUCUAAUCAUGUGGUCCACGGCCAGAACGAGAACUGCGACUGCAGUCCGGAAAUAUCCUUCAAAAUCCAGUUCCUGCGGCUACUUCAGAGUUUCAGUGAUCACCAUGAGAACAAAUACCUCCUGCUGAAUAGCCAGGAGCUGAAUGAACUGAGUGCCAUAUCCAUGAAGGCCAACAUCCCAGAGGUGGAAGCACUGGUCAACACAGACAGAAGCCUAGUGUGUGACGGGAAGAAGGGCCUCCUCACACGCCUCCUCACCGUCAUGAAGAGGGAGCCUCCAGACUCGUCAUUCAGAUUCUGGCAGGCGAGGGCGGUGGAAAGUUUCCUCAGAGGAGCGACUUCCUAUGCAGACCAAAUGUUCCUCCUGAAGAGGGGACUACUAGAGCACAUCCUGUUCUGCAUCAUAGACAGCGGCUGUACGUCAAGAGAUGUCCUACAGAGCUACUUUGAUCUGCUGGGAGAGCUCAUGAAGUUCAACAUUGAUGCCUUCAAAAGAUUCAACAAAUAUGUCAACACUCCGGAGAAGUUUCAGACCUUCCUGACACAGAUCAACAGUUCUCUGGUGGACUCCAACAUGCUGGUGCGCUGCAUCGUCCUGUCUUUGGACCGCUUUGAAAGCCAGACUGAAGAUGUCAAAGUGGUGGAGGUGCUGUCUGAAUGCUGCCUGCUGUCCUACAUGGCCAGAGUUGAGAACAGGCUGUCCUUCCUCUUCCGACUCAUCAACAUCAUCAACGUACAGACACUCACACAGGAAAACGUGAGCUGUCUGAACACCAGUUUGGUGGUCUUGAUGCUGGCCAGAAGAAAGGCUAAACUGCCCUUCUACCUCAACGCCCUGCGGGAGAAGGAGUAUGCCGAGAAGUACCCGGGCUUCCUGCUCAACAACUUCCACAACCUACUGCGCUUCUGGCAGCGCCAUUACCUCAACAAGGACAAAGACAGCACCUGUCUGGAGAACAGCUCCUGUAUCCCCUUCAGCUACUGGAAGGAGACGGUGUCGGUGCUGCUGGGCUCAGAUAGGACUUCUCUGUGUGCCAUAGCGAGCUACAUCGAUGAGCCCUUCAUGGAUCUUGACAAAGACCUGCUGGAAGAUUGACCUCCUGUGUGUGCACACUCAGUGCCCGGGGGUGGGGGGGGGGGCCAGACGGUCACAGGGAGCCAGACGGUCACAGGGAGCAUGGACGCCUAAAGCUGGUGAAGACUCCGCUGAGCUCAUCCGGGCGCUUUGUGACUGCGCUCUGGAUGUAAAGACUCGCCUGUUUUUUCCGUCUGUACCUUUCGAAAUCGAGGCCGUCGUCUCGCGCGUGAUUGGACGUCAUCGACUCACUAAGUUCCCAAACCUCUUCAAAGCAAGAGGUGGAAACCUGUCUGCCCGCCCCAGAUCGCCAUCACCGUUUAAACACACAGUUAAGGGACCUUGCAUAAUGACACCUGCAUUGGUUGUUUGCUUUAGGUGAAAUUCAAAUAGAGCCUUUUUUAUAUAACCUAUAUAAAAUUCUAUGGAGAAAAAAAAGUGUAUGAUUCAACAAAGUAUAUGUUAGAAAGAAGAAAAAAAAAAAAACAAGAAAAAAAACAGAUUCUUUUCACGUGGACUUUGUUUGAAAAUGGCCACAGUUUGAACGCAGGAGUGUCAAUGGUCUCACUCUCCCACUACCGGCGCUCUCUCUGUGGACUCCAUGCCUCUCCACUGCCUGGCUCGUGGGGGGGGGGGGGCUGGUGGUGGAGUUUUAGCAGGGGGUCUUCUCAAUGAACAGCAUUUUCAUUUAACCCGUCUGUGGGUCUAUUUUAUUAGGUGGCUGUUGUUGAUUGGUGCUUUCUGGCUCUACUCGGCACGUUUAGGUAGCUCGUGGGCCGGCUGACGACUUUCCCAGACCCCACGGCGGCCCCCCUCACUGGAAACCAUCCACUUUGUUGUGGCUCCCUCGCCCAGGGACUCGUUUCUUUACCAGGUUCUUUUUUUGUUGUUGAUUUACUUUUGUCUUGUUGAAAACAAUGGAUUUUUAGCUCUGGAUGAACUGUAGAAUAAAACAUUGCACAGAUGACAUUGUUUUUAUUGUUUAUGUUUUACCACAUUUUGUUGAUUUAAAAAAAACAAAAAAAAAAAAACAUUUUUCCUUUUUGUAACAGAACUUGUACCCAUAUUUGUGAGAGAUGCUUUGGGAAGAGAAUAAACUAUGCAGGCGUUAGUGUUAAAGAAACCACUUUUCAUUGUUCCGGUCCAGACAACGUUUCUGCGAAUUUGCCUUCUGCCCGACACCAUCGCCGUCGACCGCUUUCCGCUGGUCUCUCAAAAUGUUUGACCACGAGCUGGGAUGUAACGGCUCUGUUUGCAUGGCAUAAUCGCGACUGUGUUGACGUGUUUCACGGCCUGAAUGUGCAGCUGUUUUAUGGAAACGGAAGACGCAGAGCUAACGUCUUAGAUGAAACGGACCCGACCAUAUGUAUGUAUGAAUGUAUGUAUGAGCUACCUCAUAUUUUGUCCCAACUCCGUACAGAUCAAACCACUUCUAAUGACAAGUGUACAGUUUUACUCCCAGCAUGUCAUGAGUCAUAAUAAAUGUUCAUGUGAAUGUAUAAGGGCAUUUCUACAGUUAUCCCGAUGCCAUGAGUUGCUAGUGCUAUGCCGCCUUGGGAUGCAAACACAAAACGUCCUUUACACUUUGAAAGCCUUUUAUUUGCUUUAAAGCUAAUUAACCAGAAAUGUUUCCUUUCUUUUCUUUUUUGUUUUCUAGCUUUCAUUCAGCAUGUCUUAAUUCUCUUGAUGGGUGUGUGCACAUACUUUGAAUUAGUUCCUCUUUUGUGCUUUGCAGUGAAGUUGAUGCAGGUACAAUUUACAAGUGCUUCUCUCACAGAUCCUCAGUCUGUCUGCCGGAGGCCCCAGAUAAUUGCCGUGGUUCCUCGAUAACAUGAUGUGAUUUGACACGGGGUACCUCUGCAGCGGUGUUAUACUCUUAAUACAGACCGUGUGUUGUCAUUGACACAAAACCUCUUUUUAUCACUCCAGCCAUCCACCAUGGAAGUCAAUGACGCUAUUGUUAGAGAAACAUGAAUGUUGUGAGCGCUCUUCUGGAGCAACUAUGUAAACAAUCUCUGAACCUUGACUUCUGUAGCUUUGUGAUCUGAACCUCAGAGCGAGUGAUCCCUCUAUGAUGCACAAGAGAAAUGGUUCUCAACACUUCUGCUGUAUGUGGUGUGAUGCUCCUCGUAGGCCUUAGAUUUCAUUUACUGAUUUGUAUAGAAAAUGGUGACAUGUGAUCCCCUCGGCCAAGAACAUGCUGCACAGUGUUGAACAGAACACUUAUUUGUUUUUUUUAUUUUAGAUCACUGACGCUUUGACUUUAUUUACCGGAGGUUCAUGUAAUGUUCGGCAUGAAGACGGUUUGUUAUUGGAUACGUUUUGCAUCUAGUCCAUAACUCACUCGGACCAUGUGGUGCUUUUUGUUUUUUGAUGGAAUAUGAUUAUGUCUCGGCUCACUAUGAUCGAUAGCAUCUACUGUUUGUCGAAAGGAACGACUUUUAAGAGAUGUGAACGCAGUUAAUGGUGUAAAAUCGUGAUUAUGAAUUAAUUUUAGAUAAGAAGCCAUGCUUUUUCAUGUGUGUUUGCAUUGAAUAAUGCAUAGAAAUCCCUCCACGGUUAUGUUAAGAAUUCACCUCUGCACACAAAUGUUUUAAUCUCUUUCUUGAGCGACGGAGAGAAGAUUAUUGUUUUAGGUUUCACAUUCUACUAUAGCUACUUCUGUAACCAACUUUCACCCACUUGUUCCUCCUCUAAUGCUGGUAUUGAACUUCAUUUUCCUUACUUAACAGCUGUUUGUCAAAUUAAUAUUAUAAUAAAUUCUUCUUUAGACCUUCA